GAUUAAUCCAGACAAUUUGGAGUGAUUAAAAAAGUGGAUUAACUUUCAAUUGUGAAAAACAUAGUUUUAUUUUACAAAAAAAAUAAUUCUAACAUGAAUAACAAUCAUACCCUAUUCUACUAAAAUGAUAAAGUGAUUUACACACAGGACUUGAAUAAAGAAAGAUAAGAGUUAGUUGUCCCGGCGCCGUGAUAAUGCAAGGAUGCAGUUUUUAAUAUUUCUUAUAUUUUUUAUACAAACAGUUCUGUGUGCCUCAACCGGUAGUGUUCAUAAUAAUCAUAAUGGCGUAAAACAUAACCUAAGUGAUAAAAAUGUUAAUGCUCCUGGCAGUCAUGAUGGCUAUGACCAUCAUAAUGUGCUUCCAACACAACUCCACGAAACCCAUAAGGUUCAUGAUGAACAUCACGGAGUACACCUUGCCUCCUGGCGGUGGUCCGAGUAUUCAAGUCCCAUUAUGUUUACUGGCAUGAUAUUAUGUGCAGUGAUCCUAAAAAUCAUCUUCCAUCACCUCCCCUGGCUUGCUAAACUCCUUCCUGAAUCAUGUGUUCUUAUUGUUGUCGGUAUAUUUGCCGCUAUUAUCAUCGACUAUGUGAUCCUGGAUGAUUUUAUUCAAACUGAUCAUAAUCCAUUCCCAACCUUCACUUCAGAGCUAUUCUUUAACGUACUCCUGCCUCCAAUCAUACUUGAUUCUGCUUUGGCACUCUAUGACAGAGACUUCUUUGAUAACUUCAAUGCUGUCAUGAUCUUCGCUGUGUUUGGAACUCUCUUUAAUGUGUUUGCUAUAGGGUUCAGUCUGUAUGGAUUGUCCUAUACUGGAAUACUAGGAGAGUUUAAGUCUAAUGAAUCUGGGAUCCAGAUGAUCCAUGAGUUGAAACCAACAGAAUGCUUAAUAUUCUCCAGCUUAAUAUCAGCAGUCGAUCCUGUAGCAGUGUUAGCAAUCUUUGAAGAAAUCCAUGUACACAUGGGCCUUUAUUUUCUAGUCUUUGGAGAAUCAUUGUUUAACGAUGGUGUAACUGUUGUACUGUACAACACUAUGAAUGUACUGCUUGAUAUACCAGAUGUAGGCUGGUAUGAGACGAUGAUGGCCAUCCUAUCUUUCUUCUCUGUUGCUUUUGGUGGGGCCAUCAUAGGCUUUCUGAACGGUAUCUUUGCAAGCUAUAUUACAACAUUUACUAAACAUGUUCGCGUUGUGGAGCCUUUAGUAAUAUUCAGCAGUGCAUACUUUGCAUUCCUUAUGGCGGAGUUGGUUCAUUGGUCUGGGAUUAUAAGCAUUAUAGCGUUUGGGAUUACAGUGAAGCGAUAUGGGUUCCAGAACCUUGGUCGAGAAAGCUACACCACGGUCAAGUACGCAAUCAAGACACUGGCAACUACCAGUGACUGUAUCAUUUUCCUUUUCCUUGGUAUAGUUCUAAUUCAAGAGAGUCAUAACUUCCAUGUUGGAUUCAUUUUAGCAACAAUAGUUCUAUGUUCAAUCUUCAGGUUCCUCGGAACAUUCAUCUUCUCCUCUCUCGUCAACCUCCGCAGGAUUCAUAAGAUAGAGUUCAAGGAGCAGAUCAUAAUGGGCUAUGGAGGUUUACGUGGUGCUGUGGGAUUCUCUCUGGCUGUUGUCUUGGAAAAGGAUGUCUGGUACAGGGAGCUGUUUGUAUCUGCUGCUCUAGCAAUGGUCUUCUUCACAGUCUUCCUCCAGGGUAGUACCAUCAAACUACUGGUGCGGUGUCUCAACAUCAAGCUGGAUACAGAUGAGGAGAAGCUCAUUACUAUCGAUAUUCAAGAGGGGCUUAUGGAUGACAUCAUGAGUGGGGUUGAAACGAUUAUCGGAAAGAAGACGCAAGCAAAAGGACUUUGUCACUCAUUUUUUAAAUGUUUAGAUCACAGGCUUCGAAGCGGUUUGAUCCUUGAAGACCGUAAAGCUAUUUUUAAAAAGUAUGAACAGAUAAUGUUGGAUGAACAUUUCACCAACCUGUAUGCUCCCAGAAUCCUGGCAACACAACAGGCUGAUGAUAAUACUAUUCCUCAUGUUACACUGUCUGCUGUGGAUUCAAGAAAAACCUUCAAGGAAGGAUUAAAAUCUUCAACUUGGGAGAAGUUCCGGCACCAUGACGCUGAACCUGAUCUUGUGAGUGUUGUAAACCAACUCCAGCUCCGGAGAGAAAGAGCUAAAACCAUGGAGAUUCAGAUUCUUACCUCAGCAGAUCAUCUUCAUGCAGAACAGAAGGAUGAACCGAGGGCUGAAGACGAGAGUUCGGCGACCCGGCCAGGUUUAAACCGCUCCGCCUCGGCCAACUGGGCAGGACUCCGCCGCGCGAGCAAACGCGCCGUAGCGAUGAAAGAUCAGUAUGAUAAGGUUCAGACGGAGAAGAAACUACGGAGUCCUCUCCCAACUCAUUGA